AUGAGCCAAGCGGCUCAUCCUGCUAAUCCGCCAGGAUGUUCGCCUAUUCAGAGAGAGGUUCCUGAGUUGGACAGUCGCAAUAGCCUUUCGCGUACUGGGGGCGCCCACUACCAGCCCGCCAUGAGCAGCCAAGACGUGUGGACCCACAUGAAAGGGACCACCGACUCAUACGACGUCUUGUGCCAUGCCCUUCGAGAGCGUUUCGGUGAACCUGAUAUCGAAUGUCGCCUUUUAGGCGAAGUGGUGAACCGUACGCAGGGUCCUUUGGAGGCAGGUUUGGAUUACCUAGACUCCCUGUUGGCAAUAUGGGCACUAGUUAGUGAGCCAUUGCCAGUACGCCUACAAUUGAACUUCGCGUAUAACAAUCUUCGUUCGGAAUAUCACGUUGUGAUACACCGUGAAGAUUUCUCGACGUUCGGCGAGCUUUAUCGGCUUGUAAGAGAUUAUGAUCGACCAAGACGUCGUAUGCAGCCUCGCACUCCAGUGACACCAAAUGAAAGCGUAAUGCCAAAGCUGGCCUACCAACCCGACCGAUAUUUACAGCGUACCUCGAACAAGACGGCGAGAGCGCAGGUGGCGGCCAUUGAGGACAAUGAUCGACGACCGUUCGUGAACGUUCAAAUUGGAGGACGCACGAUUAAAGCGCUGCUAGACACCGGGGCUUCCGUAACGUGUAUCAAAGAAGUCGACGAGCGUAAUUGGGUCUACGGACUAGGCGCUCGCGUACGACCCACGAACAAAAAGACCGCGGCCGUAGCUGAUGGAUCAGUCAUGGCGAUACAUGCUUUAGUUACUCUGCCGCUCGUGAUUAAUGAUGAGAUGCGACCCGUUGAAGUCCGGGUCAUCCCGAAAUUGAAUUACGACAUGAUUCUCGGCAUGGAUGCCAUUGCCGCCUUUGAGAUCUGUUACGAUGGACAGACGGGGCGCUGGUGGACGAAGCGAACCGACGAUCUGUACGACUGGAACUCGAAAGCGUACCUCGAUGGAAGGGACGUUGCGGCAAUCGUUGAAAUCACACCGGAGCAACAAAACGCUCUCGAUGAAUUGCUCACUCGACGUAGUUUCGAACGCCAAGCCCGUUAUUAUAAUCGUCAUCAUCGAGAUGAGCGCUUUGCCGUUGGGGAUGUCGUUCGUGUUAGACAACACGUAUUAUCCCGAGGGGCCGAUCGUUUUUCAUCUAAGCUCGCGCGUAAAUACUCCGAAGAGACGUACACCGUCUCGACCGUUAUAUCACCUGUUGUUUACGAACUUGCUGAUCAAACUGGUCGACCAGCCGGUCGUCAACAUGUAAAAGCCUUGCGACUCGUCCGCGCUCCGUUACGCCCUCCCGACCCCGACGAUUAA